CUUGCGAGGUUCGAGGAAGGGAGCCGAGCUAAUCCGGACGGCCGUGUAUAAAAGGAGGAUUACGCGCCUCGAAGUCACACUAACAUCCAGCGCUUUCAACAUGAAGGGUCUCGGAGUCAUUCUGUGCAGCGUCCUGGCGGUGGUUUCAGCCCAUGGAGGUAGACCUGGAGGCUUCCCUGGAGGAGUCCCGGGAGGCUUCCCUGGUGGAGUCUCUGGAGGUUUCCCUGGCGGAGUCCCUGGAGGUUUCCCUGGCGGAGUCCCUGGAGGUUUCCCUGCUGGACAUCCCGGAGGCUUCCCUAGCGCCACAGCCCCACCCGCCACCUGUAGGCGCUGGUGCCGAACUCCAGAACAGCAAGUUUACUGCUGUGAAACGGCAUUUGAACCCGAGGCGCCCGUCGGCACCAAGCCACUUAACUGCCCACGAGUCCGUGACACCUGCCCACCGGUACGUUUCGGUGGACAAGCACCAGUAACCUGCUCCAGCGACUACAAGUGCGGCGGCCUUGACAAGUGUUGCUUCGACAGGUGUUUGGGAGAACACGUGUGCAAGCCGCCUUCCUUCUAUAACCAGUUCGGUUGAAAAGAAGAAUUCUACGUAUUUAUUCAUUCGUCUAGUGUUCAUGAAUAAUAAUUGUUUUCUAAAAUCCUCAUUUUAUUAUGAUUAUGAAUAAGCGAUAAGAUAUAUGGUUAUCUCAGUGUCUUAAUUUUCCGUGUAUUUAUUUCUGCCUAAACAAUUCUUCAUCUGUUUACUCAUUCUUGUAGCUACCUAUACUUAUUAUCUUAUUAUAUUGUCUUAUUCUGUAUCUCUGGUUAGAUCAUGGUAUACUUAAAUAAACAAUAAGAUACAAAACAGAA